AUGGCAGUUUAUGCUGCUCUGUUUCCACUCAAGUCCAAGCUUAGGGGAUAUCUAAAGCACUACGACGCUUGCUUUGAUCCUCCAUCUCUCCAACUCACACAGCAUCUCUACAAAGAGGUUGUCUCCUUUCAAGAACUUUUGGGGAGAUUGGACAGCAGAAGCAGGGAAAGAUUGAAUGCUUCGCUUGCACAAAUCGCAGUGGCAAUACCCAAAUUCCACGAUCUGUUUUCAUUGCAUCUCUCUGAGCAAUACGACAAAGUUCCAGAACAGAGAAAGCGAAGGUUACUUCGCUUAGGCCUAAAUCCAGAUGAAGAAGAACAAGGAAGCGAUCCAGUCUCACGUUUGAUAGACCUCAGACAUCUAAAACCUAAUGUCCAUUCCUUGAUUCAAACUUUCAAGAAGGUGAAAGAGGAGCACGAAGAAAAAGAAGAAGAUUUAUGUGCAAACAAGGCCAAGAUGGUUGGAUUAUCCGAUCUGCAGACUCUGCUCAAGGAAGAGCUAGUAAGAGCGUGGAGUCAGGAUGUGAAAUUACUCUCGGUUGCUGGGAUGGCGGGCAUCGGUAAGACCACUCUUGCUCGUACAAUAUACGAAGAUUUUGAUAUUGUAGAAUGGUUUGAAUGUCGUGCGUGGGUGGAAGUAGGCAGAGAGUGGCAGUUGCACAAGAUUAUAAGGAACAUUCUAGAUCAAGUGAAUUCCCAUGAAAUGGAAGAUGAUGAUGAGAGAGUGAGUGAGUGCUUGAGAGAGAGUUUGAAGGGUAAGAGAUUCUUGAUUGUAUUGGAUGAUGUGUGGGAUGCAAAGGUUUGUCAUGACAUAAAGAAGCUUGCAGCUACUAUUGGGUAUCUAGUUGGGAGCAGAGUUUUGCUUAUCACUAGGAUGCAAGGAGUAGUCGAAGGCGUUGGGUUAGAAUCCGGGAUUGAUUCCAUGGAUAUGCGGCUUAUGGACAAGGACGAAAGUUGGGAUCUUCUUCGUGAGAAGGUGUUUGCUACGGAGCCAUGCUCGUUCCAGCUCGAGAAGGCUGGAAGGAAGAUUGCAGAGAAAUGUGACGGCCUUCCUCUUACAAUCAUCAAAGUGGCUCAUCUCCUAUCAGGAUCAGAGAAGACCGUGGAGUACUGGAACGAGGGAGCAACGCGAGAUAAACAUCAAGUCUUUAAAGCUGCAUAUGAUGAAGUAUCAAAGGUGCUAUAUCCAAGCUAUGAAAACUUACCUCAUCAUUUGAAGAUGUGCCUUUUGUAUAUGGGAGUUUUCCCUCAAAAUGCUGAAAUUCCCACGUCCAAGGUUGUAAACAUGUGGCUUGCUGAGGGAUUACUCGAACAGAAUAAGGCUAAAUCUUUAAAGAAGCAUGCUCUAAAAUGUUUGGAUGAGCUUGCUUCAAGUAGUGUUAUGGUUUACAAAAGGAGCACUAGAAGUUCCUCUGUGAUGUCCAUUGCUGAGAAAGGGAUCAAAUUUUGCGGCCUCCAUUCUUCGUGGUGGCACCUCUGUCAACACGAAGCUAGGAAGAACAACUUUUUCUGCGUACUCGACAGUCAGGAAGACAGUUCAGAGGAAAGUAUAAAAAGUCAGAGCAGGUUGUGCAUUCACAAGAACAUCUUACUUUGUAUCAAAGAGGUAUACGAUUCAGUAGAGGAAAACUUUGCGUUCUCUGCACGUUCUCUCCUACUUUAUGGUCCAUAUAGUCGAUAUCCAGUGCCAAUAUGUUCUGCUUUGAGAAAGCUUGAGGUGCUUGAUGCUCUCAAGAUUCGUUUCUAUGAUUUCCCAUUACAAGUAGUAGAACUAGUUGAGUUAAAGUACCUUGCUCUCACGUACGAUGGGGAGAUCCCUCCUUCCAUAUCCAAACUUCAAAGGCUUCAAUUCAUGAUUGUUUGUCCACAUCAGCACAUCAGAUCAGGUGGAGCUUCGUUGUAUCUGCCUCGAGAGAUAUGGGAUAUCGAAGAACUGAGGCAUCUUCAUGUCAUGGGAAGUGAUUUACCUGAUUUAUGGGGCACCCCGUUGCCAAACCUCACGACGCUUUUGGAUGUCUGA